CCGCCCUCGCCCUCGCCGUCUGCGCCGCGCACAUUCUACCUGUUCCACGGGAACUGACGCGAGCGCGAGGCGGCCGGAGCACGUGCCACGUCGGGAGAAGAGCCAAACGUGAGAGAGCUGCGAUCCGAGCAAGCGAGGACACGGUUCGAGGCGCCAGGGCAGAACAGAUUAAAGUGGGUUUACAGCGACGGUCCGCCGGGAUGCACUUGUUGUCCGCCAGCUGCGUGUGCGUGUUGGUCUGCGCGCUCGUGCGCCAAGUCAGCAGUUUGGAGACUGUGAUGGGCCUCUACGGUGAAACACUGGAGAUUCCGUGCAACAACGGCGCUGUAAAUCCAGAAGACGCCGUGAUGACUAAAUGGAAAUACGACAAAGGAGAGGGACUUCCAGGAGACCUGCUGGUCAAGAAGAAAAACCAGAACGUCUCAAUCAUUGCCACUGAUGAAUAUAAAGGCCGCGUCAGCCUGGCGGCAAACGGCAGCCUGCUGCUGUCCGCAGCCAGACUGAGCGACCAGAGGACGUUCACCUGCAUGGUGGUGACCGGAGGGAAUAUCAGGGAACACCCCGUCAACGUGAUGAUCUACAAAGUGCCGUCAGGGCUGGAGUUUUCUGACAGAGCGGGGGAACUAGAGAUAGGCAAGCUAAUUAAGCUUGGGAAGUGUGUUGCACACGACGCCAGUCCAAGCGCUCAUAUCAUCUGGUUGAAGAACAAUAAGCCUCUGGAGGCUGAUGGAAAAGGGAUUGUCAUUGUCCCUUCAGUGCAGGUGGAUCCUGUCACUGGUCUCUCCACGACCACCUCUGUACUGGAGUAUUCUGCCCAGAAGGAAGACACUGAUGCCCAGUUCAGCUGCAGCACUCGGCACACUGCCGACGCUGAGCUGGUGACCUCCCCGGAGACCUUCACAAUCACCUACUCCACAGAGAACAUCGUCCUGCAGGUCAUUACUCACGGUCCCCUCGUGGAGGGAGACAACAUGACUUUGAAGUGUGUGGCAGAUGGUAACCCAGCACCUACCAGCUUUAACUUCCAUCUGAAGGGGGAGGUGGUGACGGUGGAGAACGGAGACACUUACACCAUCACAGAUGUCACACGUGACACCACUGGAGAAUAUAAGUGCUCUCUCACCGACGACGACGCCAUGGAGUCUUCUCGGAACAUCACAGUCAACUACCUAGACAUCAAUUUAAACGUUUCUGGGGAUGUGUUGAAGAGCGCCGGUGAGGACCUGCCUCUGAUGCUGAAGAUUAAUGCUUCAGGAGAGCCAAAGAUCUCCUGGACAAAGGAUGAUGUUCACCUGGAAAAACAGCCAAAAUUUGACAAGCUGACUUACUCGGACUCCGGACGUUAUGAGUGUGAUGUGACGAUGGGACCGCUGUCCCGAAAAGCUUCUUUCGAGCUGCUUGUUGAAGGUUUUCCAGUAAUCAGGCGGUUGUCCAAACACCGCAGCGAUGACGGCCAACAUAAAGUCUUAAUCUGCGAGGCUGAAGGUGUCCCAAAGCCCGUUGUUUCGUGGAGCAUCAACGGCACCUCGCCUUAUGAGAGUCCUUUCAUCAAUGGAAAGAUAACACACAAGAUCAAAGUUGUGCCGACUGCAAAUCUAACCGUGUCAUGCACGGUGUCCAAUGUCUUUGGACAAGACAGCAAGUCUAUAAACGUGUCAUCCCUAUUUGAGGAGGUGAGAAUGGAUAAACAAGAUCAGUCGGAUGACGGCGAUCAAACCAAGUUGGUGGUUGGAGUCGUAGUCGGUCUUCUCGUUGCCAUUCUGGUUAUAUGCCUGGUGUACUGGGUCUACAUGAAGAAGUCCAAGCAAGGAAGUUGGAAGACUGGUGAAAAGGAGAAUGGCUCUUCUGAGGAGGAGAAGAAGUUGGAGGAAAAAUUGGAGGAGAACAGCCAAAAAGCUGAGGUGUAGAGAAACGGCGAGCUUUGUAUGGGAAUGUGAAAGUGAGAACAUGGAAACUCAAGGCUUUUGCACAUUUCUCUUCACCUCCGUCUUUGGAAAAAAAAAUGUGUGUCCAUCAGGAAGAAGACCAUCUGGAUUUGGUUUCAGGAAGAAUUUUACUAAAAAGCAUAUCCAACACCCCACCAAACCCCAGCCCCCCCAUUGCUGUUCCUUAAAAAGAAUGGAUAAUGUACAUGUUCUACAUAUCUGCACUACUGAUUCAUGUAUAAACUUGUUGACUUUUAGGAUUCAUGUUUGUUAGAACGGAUUCUGGAAAAAAAGAGAAAAUACAGCUCUUUGGUUUUGGUAGUGAGUGAAACUAGACCAGUUGCCUUCGCUGUGUAGGACUGCGUUCGUCUGUUUGGCGCCCUGAGACAGGGCGGGGCCCGAUGGACGUCAUCGUCACAAACCUCUGCCUUCAACCUCAGUGUACGAAAUCUAUAUCACUUUGUUCAUUCAGGUGUAAAAAUGUGGAAAUUAAGAUUAAAUUACUGAAAGGGCUUAAAGUGAAAGUUGUUUGACUUGGCAUUAACCAGUAGAUGGGGACAUGCUACAGAUCGUUUUCCCCAGAAUGCGCCUAUUUGUUUCCUGAUCAUUUAAUGUAGAUUUUACAGUUAACUUAUUAAUAGUUAAGUAUAAAAAGUCAGAAAACUAAUAAACGUCAUUUGCCCAGAGUCAAGAAUAGCAAAGUAAAAAGACCUUUUAGUUUUUUCACAACCAUUUAAAUCCAGUUGCCUUUUGUUUUGGAGCCAUUCAAAAUGAAUUUUAAUUGGUAUUUGGAUUAAAUCAUUUUGAGAAAUAAAUCAGUUUCUACUCCAGUUAAAAUGUAAACACAACUGUUUAAAACCAGAUUAACCCAAAUCUGACAUAUAAAAAUUCAGUUUGAACCUUUGAACCGUUACAGCUAUAUUCAAAAUAAGAUGGUUCAUAUCAAAGUGUAGCUUCUGUUUUAAAACUCUUUAGACGUGUAUCUUUUGUGUAGAACAGCUAAAAUCCUCUAAAUCAGUUUAUCUCAAAUUUAACAAACAUUUUUCCCGGUGGUUUGGAUCAUUUGAAGCCAGUUUAAAAUAAGAUUUAGUUUCAGAAUUUUGAGAAAUAUGUUUUGACUCAUGUAUCUUAGGUAUCGAACAGUUAAAUUCAAUCAAACCUACACACAACCACUGAGAACCAGAUUAACCUUAAUCUGCCAUGUAAACUUCAGUUUAAACUAUUUCACCAUUGGUUUUGAACCAUUUCAAACUAGUUGUAAAUAAGAUAUUCUCUGGUCCAAAUAAAGGUGUAACACUGUUUUAACAACCUUUUUGUGUCGAUAGUUUGUGUAGAACAGAAACUGAACCAAUGUAAACUGGUUUUAUCAAUGUUUUAUAUAAUUUAAAGCCAGUUUGAAAUAACACACUAUCUGGGUCACAUUUUGAGAAACGUGUUUUGAAAUCAGGUUUAAUUUGUGAAUCUUAAACUAAAUUAAAUCCUAAAUUCAAGCAUUUAAAACUAGAUUACUCCCAAUUUUCCAUGUAGAAUUAAUUUGAAACCAUUUUACUAUUGCUUUGAACCAGUUCAAACCAGCUCAAAAUAAGAUAUGUCUCAUUCAAAUGAUUUUGUAACAUCUGCUGUCUUUAAGAUGCUUAAAUGGUUAAAUUUUAAAGAUGUCUGUCUGAUGUAGAACCAUGAAAAAUCAAUCCAAUCUAAUGUCAAAUUAAGACAGUUUAAACUUUUUCACUGCUUUCAAUAAUUUAAACACAAAAAACUGGUUUAAACUACUAGUCAACCAACUGAACAGUUUACACUAAAUUAUUUAAAAUUUAACCAAACCUGUCUCAAUUAAACAUCCUUAAUUGGCUCCAAUCCAUAAAAAUAUCAAAUAAAUACAUUCCUGUCUACUUAUAUUAGUUUGAAACAUUUUUUAAAGAGUUUUAAAGAUCUUUGUAAUGGUGUGUCCUUGAAUGGAACAUUAUAAAAUCACUGGUUUCAAUCACUUUCACACAAAUUGUUUAAAAAGCAUUAAAAAAGAUAAGUGGUUUUAAACUACUUAAGUCAACACCAACAGAAUGUUUACACUAACAUCUAAAACUGAACCAAAACUGUCUAAUUAAACAUUUCUUAAUUGGCUUCAAGCCCUAUACAAAAUAAAAUGAAUUCACUAUCAUGUUUAACACAGUUUGAAACAUUUUUAAAGAGUUAAAAAGACAUUUACAAUAUCUUGUCCCUUGAGUUCAUUAUAAAUCAGUUCAAUCAAUUGCUACAUUUUAAAUGAUCUCAGAUCAUUUUUGCUCAAGUGUAAAGAUUUUAGAAACAUUCAUUCCAAUAGUUUAAUAGCCACUUUGCCAAAAUCAGCACAACAGGUCCACACCAAUUAAAAUCAGAUUACUAGCCAGUAAGUGUUACUAUUCCAUAAACCAAUUCCAAACGAAUAAAUCAGCUUCAAGUAUGUUUGAACAUUUUAAAGCAGUUUGUGAUGUAGACAGUUAAAUAAAUUACAACCAGUUACUCUGAUUUUUCUUUUCUGUCCGUCAGCUAAUUCGGCAAGUAUUUUGUGUCAGCACUGUAGUAGGUGAUGUACCACACAGUUCAUUUUCUGUCUGUUCCUUCUAAAAAUAUCAGUUUAUUUCUCUUUUUUUUUUUUUAAUCUACUGUAUGUUGGAUGUUUGGACACAGUGUUCCUGUUGGGAGAAUAUAUACCGUAACUCGCACAGAUUCCUAUAAAUUCAUUCCACGUGUCUCCCAGAGAAAUACCUGAAACUGCAGGAGUGAAAUGGAUUUUAUUAUAUUAUUUUAAAUAAAUUUUAUUGAUCUGUUUGGCUGUACGUGUGAUCGUGAAUUUAAGCUCCAUCAGUGGUGGUGAGUUCUGACUUUAUUUUCUAGAUAACUUUGUAAUCGGUGGUUGCACAGGCGGACAGGCCAAUUUCUUUCAAAGUAGCUGUUACAAAUCUUUUGCUUUCUUUUCCAAAUCGACCUGUAAACGCUUCAGUUUGUGACGUGCACUAGGAUUCAUGUUUUCAUGUCGGAUUGUGUAGAAUACUAAGGAAUGUGCUCGGCUGUACAUGUCACGAUUUUGGUCAUAAUCCUUCGAAGAGCAUUUGCAAAAGUUUGAAAUGACUAGAACAUGUAAUUUUCUUUUUGCUAUUUAUAUUGUACACGACACCCUGGUUGACAGAAUCAGUGAUUACCCCCCCCCCCACACACACACUUCUUUUCAUGGAUUGAAUAAAUUGCUUGCACACUUUCGGAACGUUCUUGCGUUCUGAGUCAUUGGUAGGCUGUUCGGCUUCUGGUCGCCACCAGAUUCUGCAUGUGAUCAUCUCAGACUUCUAGGAUGCUGCUUUGUGCCUACUUUGUGUAAAAACCAUCAAUUGGAAGAACGACCAAAGAUAGUGAACAUGCCAUGCAAGUAUUGUAAAUAUCUGUUUGUUUUUGUACUUUUGUUUAAAAUAAAGUGUACAUUUCAAAAAGCUGUUGCGUCCACUG